CACAAGGUCAGCAGAAGCCGUAUGUAUACCCAAUAAGAAAUUCCCAAAAUUUAUCUCUUCUUGUUUCAAUAAUCCAACACAAUCUUGAACAACAACUGUAGGUCAUAUAGCAUCAAGAAAAUCCAAAAAAAGGAACAGCUUUUCUUCAAGAUUCAGAAAAAAUGGCAGCAAUAAUCUCAUCUGGUGCUGCUGUUACAACUCUUUCUUUAUCCUUCAAACCAAAACCCAUUUCAUCUUCUUCUUCUUCUUCUCCUUCACUGUUUGUUUCAACACCCAAGAUUCAAACUUUAUGUUCCUCUAGCUCACUUUUCUUCAACAGCAACAGUCAACUGUUUCUGGGUCCUCCAAGAACCACAAGAAAAGUAAGGAGCAACAGCAAAAGAGGUCUUUCUUGUUACUGUUUAUUUGGACUUGGAGUCCCUGAGCUGGCGGUGAUUGCUGGUGUUGCUGCUCUUGUUUUUGGGCCCAAACAGUUACCUGAAGUUGGCCGCACUAUUGGCAAGACUGUCAAGAGUUUCCAACAGGCUGCAAAGGAGUUUGAAACUGAGUUGAAAAAGGAACCCGAUGCCUCUGCUCAGCCCCCAGUCGAAAAGGCCAUUGAGGGAAGUCAAGAAGAGAAGCAAGACACAAAGGCUUCAAGCGCCAAGGAGAGUUCAUAAAACCAUAAAUGCAGUUUGCCUCUAGCUAUAGCUUCUAGGCUUUUACUAUUUCUACAACACGAUUGUUUCUUGUAUUUCACUAGUUGUGUUGAGCUAUUGUGUUUA